AUGGCUUCAGCAGAACCGUUUAGUACUGAUGAUUUUGAAAACAAUAAUCCAUUUUCUGCUCCAAAUCAUGAUGAUCACAUAAAUCAGGUCGAAGAGCCAGCAUACGAACAAGAACCAACGAAUGAAGAAAUAGCGGACGAACAACAAGAUAAUGCUAAUCAUGAUGUGAAGGGUUACGAGCAGUUAUCAGAAGAAGAGAUGCGUAAGUUAUUACCAGAAAGAUUUACGGAUAAAUAUCAGAUCAAAAUAAAGCUCACUGCAAUCGAGAAGAACAAGGCCGGAAAUCCAAUAUUGAGAUUCGAUGCCACGGUCAAGGGGUUGCCAAAGUUUCGUAGCGAGAAGUAUAAGGAUAUUCGUCGUACUUACAAUGAAAUUGUGAAGUUUAACAAAUACUUGACUGUUUCUAACUUGGAAGUAUUUGUGCCAGUUAUUCCUCUGGCAAUUACAUCAUAUCCCGCAAACGGGGAGGACGAAACAAAGCAAUUACAUAGCGUAUGGCAAGAAUGGUUUAAUAGGAUUACGAGUAAUCCAAUAUUGAUUCGGGAUGAAGAAUUUGUGUAUUUCAUUGAAAAUGAUUUUGGGUAUUCCGUUAUUAAUAGUGGCCGUAAAUCAUCGGUUGCCAGUGGCUUGGUUCGUAAGACUUUAAAACAAUUGGCCAUUCCUUACGAUCCAUAUGAAGACUUAGCUGAGUUUAGGCCUUUGAUUAAGUCGUCUUACUUGAUUUGUCAGAAAUUGCAUAAAUUAUUGGACAGGAAUUCCAAGGCUGAAAAACAAUUAUCACUUCACAUCAAUGAGUUGGCGACGAAGCUAAACAAUUUAUCGGAAUUUGAGAUUAUACAUCCAGGUAUGAAAAAUAUGUGGGAGAAACUUUCAAGAGUAACAACUAUUCAGUCAGACUUGACUUUGAUUCAACUGAUUAAUGAUAUGGGUAGUUUGGGAGAUGGAGUACAAACCUUAAUUAAUGAUUUCUAUGAAAUUAAAGAAGCGCUCACGAAUCGUCAUUUGAUAAUGAGAGAAUUAUUGCAAGCAGAGACUCAAACGAAAACAAAACACUAUCAAGCUACUAAAAUUAAGAACAAAUCUGCCUUGGAUCCUAUAAAAGUUGACGAAGCUAUAAGAUCUUUAGAGUAUGCUACUAAGACUGAGGAGUCACUUAACUUGCAAAUAAAGAGGAUUUCAGGUGAGAUGUUGUACGAAAAGGAAGAAGUGCUAAAGCACGUUGACCAGAAAUUUCAAAAAAUGUUUAAAACGUAUACGUUAAACAGAGUCGAUCAGCAUAGAAAAAUCCUCAAGCAUUUGGAGCAUAUACGAUUAGAUAUUAGGAUCAUUGAUGACAAAGGUGGGUUAUCGAGAUUAAACAGAGACAAUUUGAGCAAUUUGAAGCACAACUUGUCCCAGUCCCAAUCAAACAACGGCGAUUCGUGGUCUUCCAGAACCUUCAGAUCGUUAAAAAAUGACAGAGAAGCUCAAAAGGAAGCAUCAAAGAAUCAAGACAAUUCAAACGACGAUGUUGUGGAUGCCAAACGUGCAGCUAGUAUAUUAGGAGUUGCUACGUUUUAA